AUGGACAUGGCUACAUUGCUCAGCGAGACGGCCUCGUCGGUGGCCGAGGCGGCCAGCGCCGUGGCCGCGAGUGAAGGUGUGUCAAGUGCGAAUGGCCAGCUUCCGGCGCUCAGCAGCUUCAUCGUGCCCAGCUCCACAACAACGCACAGGCCUCUGGCCAUCGCCCGGCCGCCGGCCAUCGAAAUCCCCGUUAACGACGACAACGAGAGCGAGGAAGAGUUCGACGAGGAGAACCCCGAGUGGGCCAAGUGGAACUGCCAGCAGAUCCGCACCAAGAUCCGCAACUUCCUGGGCACCAAGGAGAUGACGCAGACGGCGUUCCUGAAGCAGUGCGACAUCAACUCCAACUCGUACUACCGCUUCAUGAACCUCAAGGGCCCGUACGGCGGCUGCGACAACCAGACGUACGAGUUUGCGGCCAUUUUCUUCUACCGCCGGGAGAAGAAGGAGGCCGAGGAGAAGGCCAAACUCAAGGCCAUGAAGCCUAAUGAGAGGAAGCGCAAGGCCACGGAAGAGAAGGAGAAGAAGCCCAAAAAGUCCAAGACAGGUCAAGACUUGCUCCAGAAGAUUCUGGACGUGGAGUUGCCCGACGCGGACGAGGACGGCGCCGUCCCCGUGUACGACGACUGCGACGAGAUCCGCAAGAAGAUCAACUACUUCCUGGGCGAGAAGAGCGUGACCAAGGCCGCGUUCCUGCGCGCGCUUGGAGACGUCAACAGCAACAGCCUGCGCACCUUCAUGAACAUGAAGCGCGGCGCUGGCUCUGGCGCGGCCAACGUCGUCUACCGCACAGCCUACGCCUUCUUCGAGAAGAAACGCAUCCUCGAGGGCGGCAAGAAGACCAAGAAGCGUCUGGAGAACGAGGUCAAGCAGGGCCCUGCCGGAUUCCCGCUGCGCCACGACAACGGCAUGCGCUGGGUCUUCGUGGGGAAGGAGUAG